AAUUCCCCACUGUCCGACAGACAGGUCUUCUGGAGGAGCCGUCAGGGUGGCUUAGCAUAGAUCACUGUUACGUUGUGUUCAUGCAAAACAUCUCGCUUAGUUUAAUAUCAAAGGCGAAAUAAAUUAUCUUAAUCAUGUCAAAGAAUACCGUGUCCGACCGUUUUCGGAAAGUGGAUGUGGAUGAAUACGACGAGAACAAGUUUGUAGACGAAGAAGAGGCAGGAGAAAACCAACUGGGUCCAGAUGAGGCAGAAGUGGAUUCGCUCAUCAGACAAGGGAACCUUAUGGAUGCCCUGCAGGCAGUAUUAAAAAACCCACCAAUCAACACAAAGAAUCAGAACGUCAAGGAUCGUGCUGAAGGUCUGGUGCUGAAGGUGCUCAGUUCCUUCAAAAGCAAUGACAUAGAGAAAGGAGUUCAGUCUCUGGAUAAGAAUGGUCUGGACCUGCUCAUGAAAUACAUCUACAAGGGGUUCGAGAGGCCGUCUGAGAACAGCAGCGCUGUCCUGCUCCAGUGGCAUGAAAAGGCUCUCUCUGCAGGUGGAGUGGGCUGCAUCGUGAGGGUCCUAACAGCCAGGAAAACUGUGUAAACUUCAAACUAAUAAGCACAGUACACACAGGGGGGAAAAAACAGCAUCAGGAAAUCCUGCUGAGACACUCGGAACAAAGCGCUGACUUUUCACAGGGUACUAAAGAUGACCUCUCAUUAUCUGGCUUCAAUGCUAAUCACCUGCUGUUUACCUCCUCUUUUAUAUGACCUUUCAUUCGCUCUUUCAACUAGUCAAAAAUGCAAACCUGUGCCAUCAGAUUCAUGUAGCUUCUCUCAAGAAUACACUUCUGUUUAAAGCUGUUCAGUUUUAGUCCUAAAAGUUGGAAAAUAAUUCUGAUUUCCAAUGGGUUUUUAUAGUAGUAGUUUUAUAUUUAUGAGUAAAAUUAGGUCUGUGGUUAACAUUACUUAAAGUGACUUAAAGUUUUGUUCAUCAAUAUAAUUACACAGUCAUACCUCAAAAGUGAAUUUUUAAGCCAUUGUGUGCAUUAAAGACAUACGUUCCUAACAAGUUGCUACAUAAGGACUACAGUGAUUCUCUGAUUCAUUAAGAACUUACAACUUCUAUAUUUUCUUCACAAAUUCAAAACACAUAUUCUAAAAAACCCAUUGGAAAUUCCUGAAGGAAUCCAUGGUGAAUUAGCAUUUCGGAUCUGCCUACAAAUUGGCAUCAUGACUGACCAGCUCUAUUGAAUUGAACCUUCUGAAUACAAGUGAUUUAUUCAAAUUUUAUUAAACCUUGCUUAAUUUUGUUAUACGUUUUUUAUAACUUUUUCUCAUAAAUAGUGAUUUACUUGCUACUUUUAUUUGAGAGAGAUGACCAUUCCCAUGCAACCCAUUGUGUUUGCCCUGUGCAAAAUGGCCUGAAAUGCACAGCCACAGAUAUGGACGGACAGCUCGGCCAAUCUGUUUUGAUUUCUGGCACUGUCUGGCCACAUUGCCUGUGUUAGAUUAUAUUAAAACUCUCACCGGAGAGUUACAUUUAAAUUAAAUUUAGCAUUAAAGCUUCCCAUCACUGAUCACUUCUCUUUUGUUCUAUAUCGCUGGACAUUAUCCUUUUGUAUUUAUUUUUUCAUUACCAAAGGGCGUUAGCUGGCCAUCAUGCACAAACUCAGCUUGUUACUCUGACAAAACAUUGAAGUUUUAACACAUUGUGCUUCCAUUUUCUUAGCAGAUGUGUGUUACUAGUCAGGACUAGUCAUUUCACUUGUCCUGACUUUUGCUAAUGCUCCCAGUCUUAAUGUACCCGUGUCUGCAUCUCAGAUUUCAGCAUUCCAAAUCACUUAUUUUAAAGGACCAUUUUUAAUGUAUGUCUGUGUCAGAAUGCAUAUGUCUGUAUCCAAUCAUGUAUGUCAGGAGGUGUUUCUAAGCCAGUAGUGUUGUUAGAAUGAUGCUUCAAAGCAGACCUUUUCUGAUCCAGUCUGAUCUGAGACAUAAUGUCUGAUCACAGGGACCUCUCUCCAGUGCAGUAAUGCAGAACGACAAAGUGCAAACUCUCAAUAAACCAAAUCGGGAUAAUGACUGCCUUACAAUUUUUUUUUUAUUUUUUAUGUUUGUGCUUUUGUGUUUGAAUAAUAAAAUACAGUAAAUAUAC